GAAGAUACCCCAGCUUACUUGCGUAAAGCUCUGAAAAAGGCGACAAUGGAAUAUGACAAGGAUAUAGUCAAGUUUAAAACAGCUCUUGAUGAGUUUGCAAAUCAGUACAAAAUAGAGGGUGAUCCAAAUUUAACCCCCACCGAAUUUUUUGAAAAAAAUAAAGAUCUUCUUUAUUACUUCUUCAAAAAGAACAAAGACGUUAAAGUAAAUUUAGUUCUUGUUUGUGAUAUGGAGCAACAGCUUACAAAUAAAGAUGGAAUUUAUGCUUUCAAGGAGGAUGAAGCCUAUUUCAGAACAGAUGAAAAAAGAGUUUUAAAAUCAACAAAUAUUGAAAGGUUAAUAAACAAAAGCGUUAAAAAAAUGACUGAAGAUCUUGAUAAAUACCAGCAGAAUGGAAGUGGAUGGUAUUUUAAGAGUGUCAAAGAAUUACAGUUAAAUGUAGUUGAAUACUCGCCACACAAGGGUUCAUCUUAUAUAGAUCUUCCACUUUGGAUUAAAAAUAAAAAGGCUAUUAUUAAUCUGAAAAACAAAGACGACAAAUGCUUUAUUUGGUGCAUACUUAGAUACCUUCACCCAAAACCAAGAGAUAAUGAGAGAAUAUCAGAUUUGAAAAAGUAUGAAAACGAAUUAGAAACAAGGGGUAUAAUUUUUCCAAUGAGUAUUAAAGACAUAAAUAAGUUUGAAAAGCUUAACCCAAAUAUACCAGGUAUAACAGUAUUUUCGGUUGAAGGAAAAACCAUUUACCCUCUCAAACUCUCAAAUAAGGGUUGCGUAAAAACAAUAGAUUUAUUUCUUUUUGAAGAAAAUGGAAAUUGCCAUUAUGGACUCAUUAAAAAUCUUCAUAGGUUAAUAGGCGCUCAACUAACUGCAACAAGAGUUACUGGAGGUGUAUUUAUUUGUAAAAGAUGUUUGUGUCAUUUUAAGGUACAAGAGCGUUUUGAUAAACACGCGCAAUAUUGUUCCAACAACAAAAUGGUUACUGUUAAAAUGCCUAAAAAAGGUUCAAGUAUUUAUUUUAAAAAUUAUAAAAAAAAGUUCCCAGUUCCUUUUGUAAUAUACGCUGAUUUUGAGUGUUUUACAAAACCUGUAUUAACUUGUGUUCCAGAUCCAAGUAAAUCUUACGACGUAGACUAUCAAAAACACGAGCCAUCUGGAUUUUGUUUUUAUCUUAAAGGGAUAACAGACUCGUUUAAAACAGAAAGCUUCACAAAGGAAAAAGAAGAUGAUAAUGUGGCGGCUAUUUUUGUAAAUAGAAUUGUGGGUUACACCAAAUCAAUAUAUACUGAAUACUACCGAAAACCAAAACCAAUGUUAUUAACAAAAGAUGAAGAGAAAUCUUUUAAAAAAGCUAAAUAUUGCAACAUAUGUGAGGAAGAAUUGGGUAAAGACAGAGUUAGAGAUCAUUGCCAUUUUACGGGAAAAUACAGAGGUGCUGCGCACAAUAAGUGUAAUUUGAAAUGUCGUAAACCAAGAGUUCUUCCAGUAAUAUUUCAUAAUCUUCAAGGUUACGACGCGCAUUUAUUUAUAAAGCAACUUGCUAAAAUUCCAGGAAAAUUAGAUUGUAUUCCGUCUACGGAAGAGAAAUACAUAAGCUUUUCAAAACAUAUUAAAGUAGGUGAGUACAAAAGUGUAACAGGGAAAAUGUGUGAAAUUACAUUUGAAAUCAGAUUUAUAGACUCUUUUAAAUUUCUUCAAACAUCGCUAUCAAAACUUGUUUCAAAUCUACAGCCAACAGACUUCAUUAAUACAAAAAGAAAGUUUAAACAUAAUACUCAACUAAUUACUCGUAAAGGAGUUUAUCCGUACGACUAUGUUUCAUCUCUUAGCAAGUUUUUUGAAACACAGCUCCCAGCAAAACAAGAAUUUUAUUCAAAGCUUAAUAAUGAAGAAAUAUCAGAUGAAGAUUACAAACAUGCUCAAAAAGUAUUUCAAACGUUUAAUUGCAAAACAAUCAAAGAUUACCACGACUUAUAUCUUAAAUCCGAUGUAUUACUAUUAGCCGAUGUGUUUGAGAAUUUCAGGAAAACUUGUCUAAAACAUUACAACCUUGAUCCAGCUCAUUAUUACACAUCUCCAGGCCUUGCCUGGGAUGCUUGUCUUAAAACAACAAAGCAGGAAUUACAACUACUUGACGAUUACGAUAUGUUAAUGAUGUUUGAAAGGGGAAUACGUGGCGGAAUAACUCAUAUAUCAAAGAGAUACGCAGAAGCUAAUAACAAGUACAUGAAAAAUUACGACCCCAAAAAACCGUCUACAUUUAUUCAAUACCUUGAUGCAAAUAAUCUUUACGGUUGGGCAAUGUCUCAAUCACUCCCAACACAUGGUUUUGAGUGGGUUGAAAAUAUUAGAAAAAGUCGGGUUAAAAAAUAUUAGAAAGCAAUCCAACAAAGGGCUAUAUUUUUGAGGUUGAUUUGGUUUACCCAAGACAUCUAUGGGAGUUACAUAACAAUUACCCACUUGCUCCUGAAACCUUAAAAGUAAAUGGGUUUGAAAAACUUAUAUGCCAUUUUAAACCAAGAACUAAUUAUGUUUUACACUAUAGAAAUCUUAAACAGUACCUCAGUAUGGGAAUCAAGCUUAAAGCUGUUCACAGAGCAAUAUCCUUUGAACAAUGCCCCUGGAUGGAACCCUAUAUAAGAAAAAAUACAGAAUUGCGUAAAACAGCAUCCAACAGUUUUGAGAAAGACUUUUUCAAACUCAUGAAUAAUGUAGUUUUUGGAAAGACAAUAGAAAACAUUAGAAAAAGGCAAAACAUAAAACUGGUUGAUAAUCGUAAAAUAGCUCUUAGACUUUCAAGCAGGCCUAAUUUUGAAAGAGCAACUAUUUUCGAUAAAAACUUAAUUGCAGCACAUAUGAAAAAAACAGAGGUCUAUUUUAACAAACCGGUUUACGUUGGUCAAGCAAUCUUAGACUUAUCCAAAACCUUAAUGUUUGAUUUUCACUACAAUUACAUAAAAGACAAAUACGAUACAAAAGCGGAGUUACUUUUUACAGAUACUGAUUCCCUUAUGUACAAGAUACAAACAAAAGAUUUCUACAAAGAUAUUAAAAAAGAUGUGGAAUCCAAGUUUGAUACAUCAGACUAUUCAGCAUCACAUCCAUCUGGAAUUCCAACAGGGUUAAACAAAAAAGUAAUUGGAAUGUUCAAGGAUGAAGUUGCUGGAAAACAAAUCACACAUUUUAUUGGGCUUCGCCCAAAGCUUUACAGCUUUAAAAUAGAAGAUGGCAAAAAUGUUAAGAAGUGCAAGGGAAUAAAAAAGUCUGUAGUUUCAAAAGGAAUUACAUUUGAGCAUUAUUUUGAUUGUUUAUUCACGGGGGAGAAACAAAUGCGAAGUAUGAAAAUAAUACAAAGUAAGUAUCACGAUAUAUAUUCUAAAGAAGUAAAUAAAAUAGCUCUGAGCUGCGAAGAUGACAAAAGAUUAGUACUAAGCAACAAAGUUGAUACGAAAGCAAUAAGGUAG